UGUCAUCAAGAACGUUCACCAGUUUCGUUCCGUAUACCCAUCAUCGAUGCAGCGGGGUGUGUACGUGGUUUAGUUUAUGCACAUACUGAUAGACCAUGCUAGGUCGCUCUGCGAAGGGAAACGCGUCUGGAUUUGUUGCCUGUGCAAGCGCUGUUUCUCUGUGUGAUUGGGGAUGUUUGUGACGACCGAAGAGCGCGCGCAGCUCAGUUCAAAGCGAUCGGUUAUCAUGUAAAGUAGGCAUAUGGUGCGGUCGCGAGUGUUGCUUUGACUGGUGUGUUUUGUUUUUUUUUUUUACCAUAGUGAACAACUGAAAAACGUGCCAAAACGGAUAUUGAUCCUUUUAAUCCUAAAUGAGCUGAUCGUAACAUAGGAGAGCCGAAGAAAAUCUGCGAAAAUGGUUGUCUAUUCAUAUAGCAUUUCAAUAUUCGCUACCAUCAGUGCUGGAUUGGUCUUCGUGUUCGGAAUCAUAGGAAAUCUCCUCACAGUAAUAGCGCUCCUAAAAUAUCAAAAAUUACGAAAACACCCAACAACAGUGUUUGUGCUGUCUCUCAGUAUAUCUGAUCUCUUCUUUUGUGCAGUAAAUAUGCCGCUUACAGCAAUCAGGUUCCUUAAUCAGCAAUGGACUCUAGGCCCAGAACUAUGCAAAGUGUUCCCAGUGUUUUUCUACGGUAACGUUGCAGUAUCAGUACUGAGUAUGGUUGGCCUGACCAUCAACCGAUAUACAUUGAUACUACACCCAAAUCGGUAUUCUGGGAUAUAUACUCCGAUCAGUCUGUUCUUCCAACUGUUUUUGAUAUGGGGUUUCUCAUUUGGCAUAAUGUUGCUUCCAUUAUUCGAAGUAUGGGGUCGAUUAGGACUCGACGAGGAAACUUUUUCCUGUACCAUUCUCAAGAAGAAUGAUAGCUCACCAAAGAAAUUCAUUUUUCUGUUUGGAGUCUUGGUUCCAUGCAUAGUCAUCUCAAUUUCCUACUCCUGUAUAUUCUACGCGGUUCACAAACAAAGAUCGAAGUUAAAGGCACAUAAGGCAUCGGGUAGAAUCGAGUCCUUUUUCCGCAACAAAGAAGACUGUCGGUUAACAGUGACACUUCUUACAAUAUACCUAUGCUUUCUGAUAUGCUUCUUUCCACUAAUGAUUGCUAAUGUGAUCGAAGAUGAUGGUUCACAUGCUCACCUGCACGUAUUUGCCUCGGUGCUCGCGUGGAUGUCAGCAGUUAUCAACCCAUUCAUUUAUGCUAUCGGCAGUCAGAAUUACAGGCACGCCUACACAAAACUUCUGUCGGAAAUGUGUUUCUGGAAGACAAACGUCGAACUGCGUUCAUUCGACGAGAUCAACAAGUCCCGAACGGUUGACCAUUUAUAGCAACAUGAACUGGUGAUAAUUGAUGCAGCGAAUAAAAGACUUAGCUAUAUUUUAGUUAUCACAGUUA